AUUCCUUGCUGGAAUCUAAAAUCCUUUAAAAAUGGGUGCUCAAUUUUCACAAUUCUUCCCUCCACGACCGACUUUCACGUUGGACGAUGUCCCUUCUCUGUCAGGAAAGGUCAUCAUAAUCACCGGUGCAGCUUCGGGAAUCGGAUUGGAACUAACACGUAUGCUCUACCAAAAAGGAGCUACCAUCUAUCUCGCCGGUCGCUCCGAAUCCCACGCCCAAAAUGCCAUUGAAUCCAUUCAAGCCACCGCUUUCCCCUCAAACACCAUAACCGGCCAUUUGCAUUACCUCCCCUUGCACCUAGACGACCUGACAACCAUCAAAUCAACUGUCGAAGCAUUUGCAGCGCUAGAAACCAAGCUUGACCUUCUCGUCAACAACGCCGGAGUCUCGCAACCUCCGCUCGGCAGCGUCUCCAAACAGGGCAUUGAGCUCCAACUCGCAACAAACUGUCUGGGUCCAUUCCUCCUGACCCAACUUCUCCUCCCCUUUCUCAAUACUUCUGCUACUACGUCCCCGUCGGCUCCGCGUGUCAUCUGGACAAGCAGCCAAGUAGCCGAGCUCUCCGCUCCACCUGAAGGAAUCAUAAUGUCUGAACUGCAAAGUCCUCCACCGAAUGCAGUCCGCAACUACGUGACCUCCAAGCUAGGCAACUGGUUUCUCAGCGUGGAGUUCGCUUACCGGUAUGGAGGAAACGGAAUUAUCAGCGUGGCGCAGAACCCCGGCGCAGCGAGCACGAAUCUCCUGCGCAAUGCGCAAUUGAUGAAGAUCCUCUCGUGGCCGCUGCUACAUAGCCCAGCCCUGGCGGCGCAUACGGUGCUCUUCGCGGCCUGUGCGGAGGAGCUGGAUCGACCGGAAAACAAUGGGGCGUAUGUGAUUCCGUGGGGAAGGAUUCAUCCGGGCGUGGCGACUGGCUUGGAAAAGCAUUUGAAGCGCGCGGAGGAUGGGGGCACGGGGCGGGCGAGGGAGUUCUGGGAUUGGUGUGAGGAGCGCACGAGAGAUUAUAUGUGAUUGAUUUUGGAGCAAUGUACGUGUCUUUGACAGGAUGGAAAUAGGCGCAAAAGAGGC